AUGAGCUAUUACUUUGUAUCUUCAGCGAUCGCUUUCAGAGACGAAGCCGACUUAUGGUGCGACGCCCCUACAAUUCGAGGCGUAAUCGUCUACUCGGUUGUGACUCCCGUUUUGUGCUGCUUCGGCCUCAUAACCAACACCUUGUCUUUGGCGGUGCUCAGACGCAAAAAUUGGACCGGUUCGGUUUAUAUUUAUUUAGCAGCUUGUGUGGAUUUGGGCACUUCGUUGGUGCUGAUGUUGGGUGGGAUUUCGUACAAGUGGGGCCCCAUUAUUGGUUUACCGUUGAGCGGCAGUUUGAACACUUUGGGCAUUUUGGCCAUUGUCGCUUUGACUGUGGACAGAGCGGUGUAUUUAUGGGACCCCUUGCGCUGCGCGGUGCCCCGUUUUUGUACCCCGCGCAUCGCUAAAAGGCUUAUGUUGGCCAGUUGCCCUAUUGCCCUCAUAUUUAAUUUGCCUUAUUGUUUUAUUUUCGAGUGGCGAGACAAUGGGAGCCUUACAACUACAGCUUUUUUUAAUUCAAAAUUUUACAAUAUUUUUAAUUGGUUCACUUUGUUUGCCUUUGCCGUACUUCCAGCGAUUAUUCUAUCUCUGGGCAAUGGAAUUUUAAUAAAAUCAUUAAAAAUGGCGACGAAAAUCAACCAAAAAUGCCCCAUUAAAAACCACAAAAGACGUAACCACACGCGUCUCACAAUAAUGCUGAUAACGAUGAUAGUGUUUUUCCUGAUAACGAACGUGCCGGAAAACUUGGCGGCGCGCUCCGCGGCGGUCAAUUUGCUGUUCAGCGGCGACCGCAACAAGGCCGGCGUCGCGACGCUGGAAACUUUGCGGCAAAUCGCCACCGUUUUGGGCGCAGUGGACGUUAACACGAAUUUCGUCUUUUACUACGUUUUUUGUCCGGAAUUUUCUAGAGUUUUAGGGCGCAUUUGUAGCCGCAAAAGAGGCGAUAAUUUACAGGUGAACGUCUUUGUUUUAAACGCAAUCCAGGUGCAGGAGAUGUCUGGAAAAUGCCCUAAUUAA